AUGCAGGUGGUGGGGUCAGCAGACUUCCUGGGCAACCCAGUGGGGCUGCUCUCCUCCCUCUCUGCCAGCCUCUGGGACCUGCUCGCCUCGCCCACCCACACGCUGCUCAUGCGCCGGGUACCACCUCUCCUGCCCUUCGUCUGCCCCUCUCCUGCCCCUCUCCUGCCCCUCUCCUGCCCCUCUCCUGCCCCUCUCCUGCACUCCUCCCAUCUUGCCCUUCUCUUGCCCUUUUCAUGCCUUACUCGCUUAGAUGCUGCGGGCUGCAAAAAAACACUCCACCAUUGCUUCCCCUUCAUUUGCUUGCAGCCUGGCAGGGUUCGCCAAGGGGGUGUGGGCGGGAUGGACGAGCCUGCUGCGCACCACCCUCUUUGCUCUCUCGCACUCUGCCUCCCGCAUGUCCCAUGCCGCUUCCAAGGGGAUGGCAUCGUUGGCAUGGGACGAGGAGACCGAAGAGGGCAUGGAGCGGGCAGGGCAGGCAUGGGCCCCACACGCCUCAGACGAAGCCUCCUUCUUCGCUUCACUCAUCCAGGGUGUGACGGGCCUGUUGGACCGUCCAAUCAGGGGGUGGGAGAGGGGCGGUCUCCCCGGGCUUGCAUCCGAGCUGACGCAGGGAGUGCUGGGGGUGGUGGCACGACCAGCAGCAUCAGCACUGGCGCUGGCAGCAGCGGCAGCAGAGAGAAUUCGCAACGGCUGACGCAGGGAGUUCUUGGAGUGGUGACGCGACCAGCAGCAUCAGCACUGGCGCUGGCAGCAGCGACAGCAGAGAGCAUUCGCAACGUGGCCCGCCCCCCCGGCCCCUCCCAGGCUCUGCACCCUCUGCGCCUGCCGCGGCAGCUGAGCCCAGGCCGCCCCCUCGCCCCCUACUGCCACUCCCAAGCCGCUGCUCAGGCUGCCCUUGCCGAGGCCGCAGGGGGGGCGUGGCGAGAUGAGGACGCCCUGGCUUGCUUCCAAGUGGUCCCUGUACCACCAACACCAGCGUCAGCAUCCACACUGCCUGGCUCGUCAGUGGCACCAGAGGAGGCAUUCGUUAUAGUCACGCCGUCACACAUGCUGCACGUAUGGAGGGUGGCAGCAGCAGGGCGGCACAGCAGGAGCCAGAGAGCCAGCCAAUGGCAGGUGGCAUGGGCUGUGCCUCUGAGGGACGUGAUUGGCUGCUGCAGCAUGCAGCCCCUCGACUCACAUGUGCUGCAUGGGAGUGAGGACACAGCAUAUGCGAAUGAGCUUACAGCACUUGGGAGUGCAACAGAGGCAGCAGGUGCAGCAGAAGCAGAGGGCAAGGCAGUAGGCCAUGCCGCAUCACCACAUCGUGCUGCCUCCAUCGCUCCUGCCACUGAUGCUCCCCUCCCACCUUCUCCUGCUGCAGUUCAAGCUCAACCCCUGUUGUCGCCCACCCCACUGCUGCCUGCCACUGUGGAAGGAGGGCCAAGUGAGGGUCACUCUGCAAGUGUGGACGCCACUGAAGCCUCCACAGUUGUUGUCAUGGAGCUUCCAGCCGAAGGCACAGGGUUGGCUUCACUGCAUGGACGGACCCUCCAGCUCUCGACAGCUCAGGAGGCUCAAGAAUUUAUCCAGCUCAUGAAGGCCACUGCCAAUGCUCAAGGCCAUCUGCUCUUCCCGCAGGCGCGCCGUGCGGCCGCCGCGGCGUGCAGGGUGGACGCGCUGGUGCCCGCAGCAGCGGCCGGCGCAGCGGUGCCGCGCGACAGCGGGCGGCUGUUCAGCUCGUCGAGCUCCGCGCCGCCGGCGGACGGCGACGCGCCGAAGCAGGAGCUCACGCCGGUGCAGGCGGAGUGGGCGAAGCGUGCGUCCAAGGAGAUCAAGGGCGGGGAUGCGUUCGAGGAUCUCAAGACGCUCUCGCCCGAGGGCAUCUGGAUCAAGCCGGUCUAUUCCUACUCUGACGUGCCUGAGGAAUCGAAGACGGAGAUGCCGGGCGUCUUCCCCUUCUCGCGCGGCCCCUACGCCACCAUGUACACGCAGCGCCCCUGGACCAUUCGCCAAUACGCCGGCUUCAGCACGGCGGAGGAGUCGAACGCGUUCUACCGGCGGAAUCUGGAGGCGGGGCAGAAGGGGCUGUCCGUGGCCUUCGACCUCGCCACGCACCGCGGGUACGAUUCGGACCACCCGCGCGUGGUGGGGGAUGUGGGCAUGGCGGGGGUGGCGGUGGACAGUGUGGAGGACAUGAAGGUGCUCUUCGGGGGCAUCCCGCUCGACAAGAUGUCCGUCUCCAUGACCAUGAACGGCGCCGUGCUGCCCGUCAUGGCCUUCUUCAUUGUCGCCGCGCAGGAGCAAGGCGUGGACCUAGCCAAGGUGUCAGGCACCAUCCAGAACGACAUCCUGAAGGAGUACAUGGUGCGCAACACGUACAUCUACCCGCCCGCGCCGUCUAUGCGCGUGGUGGGCGACAUCAUGGCGUACACGUCCCGCCUCAUGCCCAAGUUCAACUCCAUCUCCAUCUCCGGCUACCACAUGCAGGAGGCGGGCGCUGACUGCGCGGUGGAGAUGGCAUUCACGAUCGCUGACGGGUUGGAGUACAUUCGGUGCGGCAUGGAGUCCGGUGUGGGCGUGGACGACCUGGCUCCCCGCUUCUCCUUCUUCUGGGCCAUCGGCAUGAACUUCUACAUGGAGAUCGCCAAGAUGCGGGCAGCACGGCGCGUGUGGGCCAAGCUGGUCAAGGAGAAGUUCAACCCCAAGAACUCCAAGUCGCUCGUCCUCAGGACGCACAGCCAGACGUCCGGCUACUCCCUAACCGAGCAGGACCCAUACAACAACGUCAUCCGCACCACAGUCGAGGCCAUGGCAGCGGUCCUAGGCGGCACCCAGUCCCUCCACACCAACGCCUUCGAUGAGGCCCUCGCUCUGCCCUCCGAGAUGAGCGCACGCAUCGCCCGCAACACACAGCUGAUUCUCCAGGAAGAGACCGGGAUCACCAAUGUGGCGGACCCCUGGGGCGGGUCGUAUAUGAUGGAGGCGCUGACUGCGGAUCUGGAGAGGCAGGCGCUGGCGAUCAUUGAGGAGGUGGAGGCGGCUGGAGGCAUGACCAAGGCCAUCAUGUCUGGCAUGCCCAAACGCAAGAUUGAAGAGUGCUCUGCUCGCAAACAGGCGCGUGUGGACAGUGGGCUGGACGUGGUGGUGGGGGUGAACAAGUAUCGCCUCAAGGAGGAGGAGGGCGUGGAGCUGAGGCACAUUGACAACGCUGCCGUGCUCAAGAGCCAAGUCAAGCGCCUUGGGGAGCUCCGCGCCUCCCGGGACAACGAAAAGGUGAAGGCGGCACUGGCAGCGCUAACAGCAGCGGCGAAGAGCACGGAGCGGGGUGAGGGGUGCAACCUGCUGUCUCUUGCAGUGGAGGCGGCGCGAGUGCGGUGCACACUGGGAGAGAUCAGUGACGCUCUCGAGGCUGAAUGGGGCCGCCACGUUGCUGACUCCACCAUUUCGACUGGCGCAUACAGGGGCGAGUACGGGCGCGCCACAGGAGGCCAGGACACCGAGGAGCUAUCAGCAGUCAAGGCAGCCGUGGAGGCCUUCGAGAAGAGCACCGGGCGGCGCCCGCGAGUCCUCAUCGCCAAGAUGGGGCAAGACGGGCACGACCGCGGCGCCAAGGUCGUGGCCACCGGCCUGGCAGACCUGGGAUUCGAUAUUGACAUCGGCCCGCUCUUCCAGACCCCAGCAGAGGUGGCACGGCAUGCCAUGGAAGCGGACGUGCAUGUGGUUGGUGUGAGCUCGCAAGCUGCAGGGCACAAGACGCUGGUGCCUCAGCUGCUGGAUGAGUUGAAGGCGCAGGGGAUGGAGCGCGUGCUGGUGAUUGCAGGGGGUGUGAUUCCCCCGGAUGAUUAUCAGUUCCUGUUUGACAAGGGCGUUGGGGCUAUCUUUGGCCCGGGGACCCGCAUUCCCAAGUGUGCGCUGGAGAUCUUGGAGAAGAUCAAGCCGGAGGCUUAG